GCGGUCCAUGAUUAUAUAGUCAAAGAUAUAGUCAAAGGUCUCGGUAGUGGUGAACUAAUCAGACUUCCGUCACCAUUAAAAUCCAAGGAGUUUGGACCCCCUGAUUCUGCUCUCGUACGGUUCGCACAAAGGCUUCCUCUGCUCAAGUCAAGAUGUCCGGACGUGGUAAAGGAGGCAAGAUUAAGGAUAAGGCGAAGGGGCGCUCCGACCGAGCCGAAUUGCAAUUUCCCGUGGGUCGUAUCCAUCGAUUGCUCCGGAACGGAAAUUAUGCCGAGCGCAUAGGUGCCGGUGCUCCGGUAUACCUGGCCGGCGUGUUGGAGUACCUCGCCGCCGAAGUGUUGGAGUUGGCCGGCAACGAGGCUCGCAAUAACAAGAAGACGAGAAUCAUUCCGAGACACCUGCAAUUCGCCAUCCGUGAUGACGAGGAGCUGAACAAGCUGAUAAUGGGCGUCACCAUCGCUCAAGGUGGUAUACUGCCCAACAUUCAGGCGGUGCUGUUACCGAAGAAGAAGAACAUUCCGGGUGCGUUCCGUUUCUUACGUAAUGCGCAUUAAGGUAGUACACUCGCAAAAUCAAAAUAUUGAGAAUUUCUUGAAAUUGAAACUAUAUGUU